AACCAGGACCAACACUCUCCAUCAUCAUCGUGUGUGAGAGGAGAAGCAAGGGAACAUCCAAUAGCUGAGGUCUGCUGCAUUGUCCUGGUUGUUCCAGUGUUGGGUAUUCAAGCUAGUAGCUAGAAGAUAGUGGAAAAGGCGAAACGCUACAAACAAAACAACAAUACACAAGCAGCUAUAAUUACUUCACAAUGACAUCGUUUCCACUCCUCUUGGGAUGUGCCUUGGUGGCCUUUGGUCCGUUCAUGUCCCUCUUUUUCCUGGUGGUGUAUCAAAAGUCCCAGUUGGUGAUUAUCGUGACCACUUCGGCCUUUUUCUUUUUAGUAUCGGCAUUGGCCGGCAGUUUUGUGUGGUGGCUCUUUGCGGCCGUGGGGUUGGAUGAUUUGGUGUCACUCCUCUUACCAGGCGUCUUGUCCCAAUUCAUCUUUCGAUGUUGCUUUGUGGCGCUCUACCACAAGGUGGAAAAAGUCGUUCGAUUAUGCAUUGAACAAGAAGACGCACGAGGACAAUCGGGCACCAAUCAAGAUCUCGAAGAGUACGACGAAAAUUGGACGGCGGCGGCCAAAUUGCGACUUCAAAUCAACGAUGCGAGCUGUGGUGUUGCGGCAGGAGUCGGAUUCGGAGGCAUGCAUGCCAUUAUGCUCUAUGGGACCUUGUUGGCGAGUGAAUCCGGAAAUGUUGGAGUAUUGUAUCAAGAAUCGUGUCCCGACAUUCCCUCCUUGGCCCAGUCGGCAGUCUACGCAUUGUGCUUUUCCAUUAUGGACAUUUUUUGGAUGCUCCUGACCUUUUUUGGAAUGCGUCGACGACUGCUGUAUCACCGUGGAAGAGAAUUUGAAGACAACAUUCGAGGAUUUGGAUCCUACUUUGGAAAUUCACGAAGUGGAGGCAACUUGGCACUCAUGUUUGUCCUCCUCUCCCAUUUGGGAUCCUCCAUUGUUACCGUAGCGUCAUUCUUUGAAAAGGGAUGCUAUGUCACCAUUCCUUCGCUGGUGGGGAUUACCUUGUUUACGGCCUACACCUUUUGGGCCGGAACGGCUCGAAUCUAUAUGCCACCCGAAAACUCGGACCAAUCCAUAUCCCGAACGGCGUCCAGGGUAGAAGCGGAUCAGGCACCUGUUCCUCGACGCACCCGAAUGGACUGAUGAGAAGGCUUUCAGUUCAUUUCGUACAGUACAGUAUAACUAAUUGUCGUACGAUAGAGAGAGUUUUGGGGAUCAACUUAUAUGGUUCUGUAGACGAAGGUUUCUUGAUUGCUUGAAGACAAAGGAAGUGCCAAACCAUGGAGUGAAUUCAUGCCAUACUGACCUACCGGUAGCCUGUGAUCAUCAUCCGGGCAUCAUGCAUCCGUCGAAAGCGUGGCUUAUCGUGGGGAUUUGAUUCCACAGGUAACAGUCAGAUUGUAUAGUCCAGUAAUGAAGCCAUCUAUAGGAUUUGUGAGAAGUGUUUGUUACAUGUAGUAGGAACAUUAUUUGAAGAGUAGCUUAGUGGAAGCACAUGCAGCAGAAUCGAAUCAGGAGUGGUAUUGGUGC